CCUACUCAGGCAAAAUGUUAGCAUUCCUGGUUCUGGUCACUGUGGCCCUAGCAUCUGCUCACCAUUCUGGUGAGCAUUUUGAAGGUGAGAAGGUGUUCCGUGUCAAUGUUGAAGAUGAAAAGCAAAUUAACUUAAUCCAGGAGUUGGCCAGCACCACCCAGAUUGAUUUCUGGAAACCAGAUUCUGCUACACAAAUCAAACCUCAUAGCACAGUUGACUUUCGUGUUAAAGCAGAAGAUAUUUUAACUGUAGAGGACUUCCUGGAGCAGAAUGAAUUACAAUAUGAGGUGUUGAUCCACAACCUGAGAUCUGUGAUGGAGGCUCAGUUUGACAGCCGGGUCCGCACAACUGGACACAGUUAUGAGAAGUACAACAAAUGGGAAACGAUAGAGGCUUGGACCCAACAAGUCGCUACUGAUAAUCCAGACCUCAUCUCUCGCAGUGUCAUCGGAACCACAUUUGAAGGACGGAAUAUGUACCUCCUCAGGGUUGGCAAAGCUGGACCAAAUAAACCUGCUAUUUUCAUGGACUGUGGUUUCCAUGCCAGGGAGUGGAUUUCCCCUGCAUUUUGCCAAUGGUUUGUGAGAGAGGCUGUUCGCACCUACGGACGUGAGAUCCACAUGACUGACCUUCUUGAUAAGUUAGAUUUUUAUGUUCUGCCCGUGGUCAAUAUUGAUGGCUACAUCUACACCUGGACCAAGAACCGAAUGUGGAGAAAGACCCGCUCCGCCAGUGCCGGAAGUACCUGCAUUGGCACAGAUCCCAACAGAAAUUUUGAUGCUGGCUGGUGCACAAUUGGAGCUUCUCGAAACCCUUGUGAUGAAACGUACUGUGGAUCUGCUGCAGAAUCUGAAAAAGAGACCAAGGCCCUGGCUGAUUUCAUCCGCAAAAAUCUCUCUUCCAUCAAGGCUUAUUUGACAAUUCACUCAUACUCCCAGAUGAUGCUCUACCCUUACUCCUAUGAUUACAAACUCACUGAGAACAACGUUGAGUUGAAUGCCCUUGCUAAAGCUACUGUGAAAGAACUUGCGACACUGCACAACACCAAGUACACAUAUGGCCCAGGAGCUACAACAAUCUAUCCUGCUGCUGGGGGUUCUGAUGACUGGGCUUAUGACCAAGGAAUCAAAUACUCCUUCACCUUUGAACUCCGGGAUAAAGGCAGAUAUGGCUUUCUCCUCCCAGAAUCCCAGAUCCAGGCAACCUGUGAGGAAACGUUGCUAGCCAUCAAGCACAUUGCCCUUUACGUCCUUGAACAUCUGUACUAGUCUAGAAUAUGAGAGGCCAACGAGAGCCUGGCUCAAAACGCUCAUUUUUCAUUCUUUUUCUAUCCUG